GCAUGUUGGUCCUCAGCCCUUCUCUUCUCUGGGGACCUUACCUGCAGCUUGUCUUCUGCUUUGCUCUGUCUCAGACUGCACACGUUGACAAUCUCUUCUCACUUUCAGCAGAUCUCCCUUGUUUGGAACAGAAGAAACACCUCAGUCGCAGAGCAUGCUGCCUCCUUGGGCCUCCUCCUCCUCCUCCACCACCCAUGUUUCCACCACCAUACUUCAGGAAGAGCUGGAGCACUGGUCCACGAGGAAUCCCUGGUGUAAUGGGACCAAAAGGGGAGAAAGGGGAGAUUGGAAGGCCUGGAAGAAAGGGUAGACCAGGUCCCCCGGGUGUUCCUGGAAUGCCAGGACCAAUAGGAUGGCCUGGACCUGUGGGACCGAAGGGUGAAAAGGGAGAGUUGGGUGUGAUGGGAUUGCCAGGUACAAGAGGACCAAUGGGCUCCAAGGGUUUUCCUGGAACUAGAGGAGAAAAGGGAUCCAGAGGCGACAGGGGUGACAAAGGAGUCAAAGGAGAUCAGGGAGAAAUAGGCUUCCCUGGAAUGCUGGGACAAAAAGGAGAGAUGGGCCCAAAGGGACCAUCUGGAGUACCAGGACACAGAGGACCUAUAGGAAGACCUGGAAAACGAGGCAAACAGGGAGACGUUGGACCUGCAGGUGUCAUGGGUCCACCUGGAAGGCCUGGUCCUUCUGGUCAGCCAGGGCCCCCUGGACCUUCAGGAUUAGGGCGAUUUGCAAUAGGACCAAAAGGAGAAAGAGGGCUUCCAGGGCCUCCAGGGAGAUGUCUCUGCAGACCCCCACAGCAUGUGAAUAACCCACCAUAUCAGGAACCUGUGUUUGGCCAUAAUUAUCCAAAGGUCCCUGCGAUUUUUGUAGUGAAUAAUCAAGAAGAAUUGGACCGGUUAAACACUGAAAAUGCCUUAGCUUUUAGAAGAGACCAGAGAUCUUUGUACUUCAAGGAUACCUUUGGAUGGCUACCAGUCCAGCUCACCCCUUUCUACCCUGUGGAUUACCACUUCGAGGUUGGCGGUACCUGCGGAGAUGGAAUCGUGCAGGAUGGGGAAGAGUGUGAUGAUGGCAACAUGGUUGUGACUGAUGACUGCAUAAGAUGCCGCCGUGCUUACUGCGGAGAUGGCUUUCGACACGAGGGGGUUGAAGACUGUGAUGGGACAGAUUUUGGUUAUUUGACAUGUAAAACAUAUCUCCCUGGGUCUUAUGGAAAAUUGCGAUGCACUUCCUACUGCUACAUUGACUCUACACAGUGUCGGUUCUUCACAUGAGAGGAGAGGAGGUGGGGAGCACCCCACAUGUAGGGGGGUGCCAGGUGCUACACUGUCAUCUAUCU